UUUUUUUAUUCAGAAUAUUAACAAUUCAAUACAAUACAAUAUAAUCCCAACCUGGGAGGGCUGAGGGAUAUGCAGCGCAGACUUUUAGUCAGCGUCGUACACUCGGUCCUCCUGUACGGGUCCCUGGUUUGGGCGGAUACUCUUUAGUAUUCGUCCAAAAACCGUGAAGCCCUGCUCAGGAUGCAGAGACGGACAGCGAUCUGGACAGUUUCGGCGUACCGAGCGGUGUCCGGAGUGGCGGCGUGUGUCCUGUUGUCACUGCCACCCGCCGACCUGCUCACCGAGGAACGCGCCUCCAGCCAUGAGCUCCGCCGAGAACGGGGUCGGUCCCUCGAACCCGAGGACCGGCUGGCGCUCAGGCAUAUGACCAUGCUUCGGUGGCGGACUCCGCCUCUCAGAGGAAACGAUGAAAGACGAGUGGACCAGGUCCCUCAUAGGACCCGAUCGGCUGGACCGGACUCACGAUAGAACCUUAAUAAAAUUUAAACGAAAUAAAGAAAAUAAAGAAGGGCAAUGUCGACAAAUAAUAAUUAAAAACUCCAAGAACGAAAUAGUGGGCAAAAUAAUGUUAGAGAAUGCCGGCCGACAAAUAAAUAAAACCUUUUUUAAACAUCCAACGUUAGUAGAAAAUUUGAUUGGAGCAGGUGAAAAAGCGGAAAAAGCUGCUAUAAUGGCAGAAAGAGACUGUCAUUCAAGAAAUUAUGGUUGAAAUAGCUACUGUAAUUAAUUGGAAAAAAUCAAUAAAUUUACUGUUAAUUUCAGCAAAAAUGUCAGAGUGACGAGGAUCAAAAUUAGUUCACCGAAACGUACGAAAGCUUGCAAAGAGCAGCGGAAUAGAUUCACUUAAGACAGUACCUCAUGUCAAUUUUGUUUUCAUUGGACGGGAAAAUUCUUUUGCAUAAACUCGCCAAUAAUGAAUUAACAAAAAAGAAUUUAGAUUACGAAAAUACUUUAAAAAUACAGCAAGAUCAAAUAUCAAAAAUUGAAGAAACGAUCAAAGAAAAAGUCUAUAGUGUUCUAGAAAGUGAUUUUCUAUGUCCAAUUUGUAAUGAAUUAAUGGUUAAGGCGUGUACAAUUAAUUGCAGCCAUACAUUUUGUGAAGUUUGUUUAAAUACUUGUUUGGCAAAAAGGCCUGUGUGUCCUUUGUCUAACUUUAGUUAGAACCAAAACUAUUUGUCAAGCUCUGGAUAACUUUAUUACUAAUAUUUGUAAUCUUCUUGGGAAUGAAAUAAAAGAACAUCGGGAAAAAGUGCAACAAGAAAGUAAGUAUAUUUGAACAUUUAUUAACUUAUAUUUAUUGUUAUAACUAUUUUUAGAAUUGAAAGUUAAUGUCCCACGACUAAAGUAUCCGCUACAAAUUGCUAGAAGAGGUGGUAGAAGAAGAUUAAGAUAAUUAACCUUAUUGUUAAAAAUAAAAUAUUUACUAUACAUUAUCUCACCUAUUGUAUUUUAAAUUUUAAUUAAAAGAUAUUUGAUACCAAGCAAAAUGAUAGGUACUUUUUUAACAACUAUGAGCACAUAUUAUAAUAAUAACAUAUUAUUUAAUGUUUGUUAACACAAAAAUAAAUAAGCAUAAGUAUUUUAAUUAUAUUUUACAUGAACUCUAUUAAAUAAUAAAAUAAAACCUUGGGAGCUAGAGCUAUUGGUUGGCACAUAAGAAUUUUGUUCGC